AGCCCACGUUAAUUGGCCUCUGACUUCCCUACGUUCUCCUCUCUCUCUCGGCUUCCACUCCCGUCUCCUCGUCUCCUCGCGUGUUCGCCCGCCGCCCUGCGCCGACCAGCGCAGCCGCAGCGGCGCCGGCGUCCUGCUGCUUCCGCCCGCAUCCUCGCCGGUAAGAGGCAGAAUCACUUCGUUAGGCAAGGAUGAGCAAAGGCCCAGCUCCGUUCCUCAACAUUGGGAAGAGAGCAAAAGAUCUUUUGUACAAGGACUACAAUUUUGACCAAAAGUUUUCUUUAACGACAACUAGCAAUUCUGGUUUGGGUCUAACAGCCACCGGUGUGAAGAUAGACGAACUCUUCAUCGGUGACAUACAGACACAACAUAAAAGUGGCAAAACCACUGUUGAUGUCAAGAUUGAUAGUGAAUCUAGAGUGUCAACCACAGUCACUGUUGAUGAAGCCCUUACUGGUCUGAAGACUUCUUUUAGCUUCAGGGUUCCUGAUCAAAAGUCCGGGAAGCUUGAUUUGCAAUACCUUCAUGACCAUUUUGCACUGAAUUCUACCAUUGGUUUGACAUCAACGCCUUUAAUUGAGCUGGCAGCAACUAUCGGCACGAAUGAACUUAGUGCUGGUGCUGAGGUUGGAUUCGACAGCACUUCAGCUUCUGUUACUAAGUACAACUCAGGGAUCUGCUAUAACAAACAUGAUUUUUCUGCUGCCGUACUAUUGGCUGAUAAAGGGGAGACUUUAAAAGCUUCUUAUAUCCACACGUUCAAUGAAACCAAUGGAGCUACAGUGGCGGCUGAAGUAACGCACAAGUUAAAAACAAAAGAGAACUAUUUCACCAUCGGGAGCUCUCAUGCUAUUGAUUCUUCGACGUUGCUGAAGACAAGAUUUAGCAAUGGUGGCAAAGUUGGAGUUCUCUGUCAGCAUGAGUGGAGGCCCAAGUCUACUGUAAGUAUUUCUGCCGAGUAUGAUCCCAAAGUGGUGAGUUCGCCUUCAAGAUUCGGCGUGGCCAUAGCCUUGAAGCCUUGAUUAUCACCUCCUGUACAAGUGUUAGAUACUUCUUGCCCGUGUGCAUCCUAGCCAUACUUACGAAAGCUCCACCAUUUUAUGCCCGUUUUGUAAGUGUCUUGGCCGAAGAAACGUUGUUGUCUUGGAGUUGGUCUUAGUUUUGUGGAACCCUACCACCAGCCGACUUCAUCCCGAGAAUUGAAAAUACAGAGAGUUUUGUACUGGAAACAAUAGAUUUACUGUUUUGCUGCUUCAGAAACUAUUCGGUGUCGAUUGUACACCUUGAAGAGCCCCCCUUGAAGAAGAAUAUCAGGGUAAGUGACUAAGUGCCACGUUGGUUUGUUGCUGAGCCAAAUGGGAGUUGGAAAUGAUUCGAUAUCUGCAUUAUUCUGUGAUGCAGUUUUGGUUGGCUUGUUGCUGAGCCAAAUGGGAGUUAGAAAUGAUUUGAUAUCUGUUUUUUUAUGCAGUUUUGGCAUGCUGAUGUGCCCUUUUUUUUCAAUUGUUUGCAGUGUACCAUAUGGUCAUUUCAAUUGUUUCAAGAGAGUACACUAUUUAGACAUUGUACUAACAAUGUUUUGUUCUGAUGCUCAUCACCGCUAAAUAUAGUUAAUCUCUCCAAAAA